AUUCCUGAGGGGAUUUCUUGCACCGGAAUCACGAGCAGCUGAAGAGGCCGAGCGCUGAGCAGGCGGGAGAAUGGGGUGCGGGAAGAUGGCGGCGCCGGCAUGGCCGGCGGCUUCGUCGAGCACCUCGCUGUCCCGCAGCAGCAGCAGCCGCUCUCGAGCGGGAGCCGUGAGGAGAAGAUGCCAGUGGCUCGUUUACUGGGUGCCGGUUCUCUUCAUCGGGAGCAUCGUCGCCUGGUCCUACUUCGCGUACGUCGCCCAGCUCUGCUUGAUAACCAUGACAAAUAUUGGAGAAAAAGUGGUGUGCCUGCUUGCCUACCAUCUAUUUUUCACGAUGUUUGUGUGGUCUUACUGGAAAACAAUCUUUACAUCACCAAUGAAUCCUUCCAAAGAAUACCACCUGACCUAUGCAGAUAAAGAAGUGUUAGACAGAGAAACUAGAAGUGAAAUCCAUCAGGAAGUGCUGAGGAGAGCAGCCAAGGACCUCCCCAUCUACACAAGAACAAUGUCUGGAGCAAUCAGAUACUGUGACAGAUGCCAACUUGUAAAACCAGACCGUUGUCAUCACUGCUCUGUUUGUGAUAAAUGUAUUUUGAAAAUGGAUCAUCAUUGCCCUUGGGUGAACAACUGUGUUGGAUUUUCCAAUUACAAAUUUUUCCUUCUUUUCUUGGCAUAUUCUCUGUUAUACUGCCUUUUCAUUGUUGCAACCGAUUUACAGUAUUUUAUUAAAUUCUGGACAAAUGGCCUUCCUGAUACUCAAGCCAAGUUCCAUAUUAUGUUUUUAUUCUUUGCCGCAGCCAUGUUUUCUGUCAGCUUAUCAUCUCUCUUUGGAUAUCACUGUUGGUUAGUGACCAAAAAUAAAUCAACAUUAGAGGCAUUCAGAGCACCUGUUUUUCGACAUGGAACGGAUAAGAAUGGAUUUAGCUUGGGAUUUGACAAAAACCUAAGACAAGUCUUUGGGGAUGAGAAAAAAUAUUGGUUGUUGCCAGUGUUUUCCAGCCUAGGUGAUGGAUGCUCCUUUCCUACCUGCCUUGUUAACCAGGAUCCUGAGCAGGCUUCUACUCCUUCUGGUCAUAGUUCUUCAAACAAAAAUGAGAAUAGUCAUCAUUUUCCUGCUAAACCAUUACGAGACUCGCAAAGUCAUCUCCUUACUGACUCUCAGUCUUGGACAGAAACCAGCGCAAGUAUUGAAAAUAACAAAUCUGGUAUGACCAAUCCUGUACUAAUGAUGGAAAAUGAAACCUAGUCAUGCAAGUACAAGAGAGAAAUUCUGCAUCUUUAAAUUCAUGAUCUGCAUGUGAUUUGGAUUGUGGAGACAUGACAGCCGUUACAUCAGAACCGUUUGUUUUUCAUACUGGUGUGCUUUAAUGCUUUGUUGUAGUUAAGAAUUGUUGAUGAGAGGAUGAGGGAUUCCUCGACAACAUCAGCAUCCAUUGACCAGCUGUUCCAGUCCACUGCAGCGUGGAUGUACAGGAAGAUAUUUCAAGAUCUAAUUUAGCUGUCUCUGUAUCAUCACUUGAAAUAUAAGACCCGUUACCAUCUCUUACAUGUAUGAAAAUAAUGUUUUGGCUAACACAUAUUAUUGUUAAAAUUCAAAAGGAAAAUCUUGAAGAUUACACAUUGGGAAAGCAGGUAGUAUUUCCUUAAGACAUACAGAACAACAAAAGGGUGAUUUUUGCAUUGGCAUUGAUAGCUCAGGUGAGCGUAAGCUAUUUUUGUAUAACCUGAACCUGCUCUUAUGGCAAUUCUUGAAUCUUUUAACUUUUGCCUCUGGUUUCCACAUACAAGUUAUCUUUAACCAUGGGAAUAUAUUCUCAACUUUUAUCAAUUGAUUUGGGGAGCUUAGUAGGCUAGAAUGAUUGGACUGUAUUUUGAAUCUUAGCUUCAGCUGAGUUAGCCAUACUUUUAAAUUUAAACUAACCUCAGUUAUAUAGGUUGGAUAAGUUUUAGGAAAGGUUUGGUUUGAUGCUAAUAUAACAGCUCCCCCCACCUUUAUACAUGAAUCAUCUACUUCUAGCUAGGCUACAAUUUCUCUUAAAUCAUCCAGGGGAAGCAGAAGAGAAAUUCCAUCCUCAAUUUAUGUGCAUGUAAAACAUGAUCAGAGGAAAGUUUAGUGAGAUUAUAAAUGUGUGAUUGUUUACUAUUCAGUUAUUCAACCUUAUUAGGAGUGUUUGAUGUUAAUAUUCCUUGAGACUGCUAGGCUUCAAAAGCUUAAACUAAAUUUCAUGCCUUUAAGAGGCUCCAUUUUAACUAUAUGAAUCUUUUCUCAGUUUGAUUUAGCAUCCUUAAAUUGCUGCAUUCCUCAUCAUUACCCUGAUGAUGUACAUAUAAGAUGUGUAUUAUCAUGUAGAACAUACUAAAAUUAAUUACUGUGAUUAUGACUACACUCUUGAUUAAGAAGCCAAGUGGGCUUGCAGAGACCCUUUUUAUUUUAAAUGAAACUAACAGUUGUUUAGGCUUUUAUAGGAUUUGUCAGACAUUUCUAAAGCCAAGAAAACUGGUUUCAUAAUAUUUUUAUCAGUGCCUUUGCAUGCAUGAUAUCUCAGAUGAAAUUAUAUACAUUUAAUGGAUCAUAUAAAAUACAUUGUGCUGUUUACAUAAAAUAGGUGGUAAUAUUUAAUUCCAAGAUGGUUUGUAGAAGCUGAUAAUAUUAUGAGUAGAGAAAUGAAAGUGGGUAAAUUAUACAUAACUCACAAAGUUGCAUUUGUGAAACAAAUUGCCACUUUAAAAUCAGUUGGGUAGUCAGAUUUUUAAAGUUAUUAUAGACACAGUAGGAUGCAUAUCUGGCUCCGUGACUUACCCUACAGCUGCAGUUGUACCAAGUAAAAAUAUUUUUCGAAAGUAGGAAAAAUAUUUUUCGAAAGCAGGACCAUUAGAGCCCAGUUCCUGAGUGAAUCACUGUUAAUGUUUUUCUGAAACAUUAAGAACAUUAUUUUCUAUUCUGCAGGCAACAAAGAAGACUUUGGAUUACUUCAAAAUUAUUCACCCAUGUAAAUAAGGUUCUAUUAAAGUGAAACGGUAUGAUGUCUCUGACAUCAUUGCCAUUAUAACUGGAAGCCCCCCCCCCCAAAAAAAACCUACCUACAUUUUAAUCCAAAUGAGUUGUUACAGGUUCAAUCACCAGAAGUGCCAGAAUAUGACCCUGGGAUAUUUGAGAUCAUUGUGUUCUUCACUACAUAGUUUUACGCAGUAUGUGCAGACAUGUUUUGCAGCCAUUAGUUUCUAUAGCAUCAUGUUGUAUUUACUUAGUAUUCAGUGUUGGAAGUGGUCAUGAGAAUCACAGGGACCGAAUGGGAAAGACUGGUACUUUCAUUGCUUCAUCAUAAUGCACAUUGUGAUGUGUAUUCUGGUUAUGCAGGGCUGCCUUUGAUACUUUACCAGCAUUCAUUAAAAUGUGUAUAAAAUUAAGGGGAAAGCUGAAAUUCAGUUUUCAUGGGACACAUUUAUUACAGAUAAAAUCUAUCUUAUAGUAUUUUUCAGUAAAAUUCAGACUAUCAGAGCACAUUUUAAGUACGGCUCACAUCGCUGCAUCAUGGAAAGGAUUACUGUGUCCGAUUCCAAUAUUUAAACAUACCUCCUGGGGAAGCGGGGUUCAUGCAAAUGAUUGAGCCAGCCUAUGAUGGGUGUAAAUGCAUUAUCAUGAUGCACUUUUUCCAGCUAAUUCAGAUGUCACACAUAAGGUAGCCCGACUGUAUUUUUUUGAAUGUAAAUAUCAGUGCUAUCUCUGAGUGAUGGGGCUUCACAAUAAAAGCAUGUGGGAUUAGGGAGUGAGCAAAUAGCCGAAGUGGGUAUCAUAGAUAGUAAGUGGUGAUGUAGGUAUGGCUGUUGCAGAAUUUUAGAGGAGCUCUAUGACUUCCUGUUUCUGGAAAUGCAAAUUUCAAAUUCCUUCAUAAAUUAUAGAAUGGGAGAAAAGAAUCUUUUCUCACUCCACCUCCACCUGCAUGGCUAAAACACUGAUAAACUGAAAACUAGGACUCUCACUUUAAUUAAAGACAUUUUGGUCAAUUGUGUGGGUUUUGGUUGACUGGUCAAUUUAAUCUGAUUAAAUUUGCAUAAACUUUUACACAAAUAACAAUAAUUUUGAAUGAAGAAAUAUACUUUUGUUUUUUGAUGAACUAUUCCCUCCAUUGUAUAAUGGAAGGGACAUGCCUCUUAAGAAGCUGCUUGCUGUCUUAAGUUUGUAGAAGUAAUUAUGUUUUCAAAUAUCUGUUUUUUAAAGCUGCUGCCCUAUUUAGCAGAGGACACAUUUUUAGGUGAUUGAAAUGUUUGAGUGCUUUGAUUACAUGAUCAAUCAUUGCAGCCCUAUUAAAACAUUGUGGUUAUGUGCCGAGGAUUCAAAAUACUCCUUUUAAAUGGUUUCAUAGUUCAGAUUCCAUUACAGCACAUAGGGAGUAACAGGUCACUAUAUGAAACAAAAUAUUAAUACAUCUAUUAGGAACUACUUGCGCAGCCUAUGUAUUGAAUUCUUUCCUUCAGAAUUAAUAGUUCUUAUUUAAUGUGUAAAACAGUAUGUAUUUCGCAUAUGCCACUAUUAUAUGGAACGCAAAGUACUAGUAGAUAUGCUUCUAGUAAAUACAAAUAUAUAUGCCUACAGUGCUAGUAGUGCUAUGGUUGUGCUAUACAUUGCUUUUACACAAUUGCUGGCUUAUCCCAUCUGCCCCUUUUUCAGGUGAAGAUUUACUGGUACAUUUUAAUAACCUCCCUGUAUGUGCUGGACACAAAAACUUCUAAUCUUCCCAAAGCAUGGGCGAUUGCUGUUUAGGCAGGUGAUCUGUCACCUCUAGGAGCACAGGGAGUACUUGUACAAACUAUUUUUAAAAAUCAGUCUGACCUGUAAAGUAAAGCCAUGUUCUGUGCAUCCAGGGCACAAAGGAAAGUGAGUUGAGAGAUGACACAGGGUGUACUUGACUCUAGCUUACAAUAAAUUUUAUGAGUGUGCUUUUUCACCUUUAUGAAGCUGGCAAAGGAGGGACAGUGUGACCCAUCCAUGUUCAGUUAGCAAAAAUUAUUUAUUUUUGCAGGCUUGUAACCUUCAGGUACAAAGGUAAAGGUAAAUGGGACUAAUUAAGAGUUUGCACUGCCUGAUCCUUUGCUAGCACCAAACAAAUUCAAGCUAGCCUGUCAAGAUAAUUUUUUAAUCUUCUCCCCACCUCAAACCUCAUCUAACGUAAUCCUUUAUGGACUAAAACGUUUGACAGAACUGCAAAACUUGCACAGGUCAUCCAAGACAACAGACAAUACAAAAUGUACAAGUUGAGAGUAAAGCUAAAUAAUACUAUAGAUUACUGUGUUUUGUUUUUUUCAAAUUGGUGACAAGGUACUAAUUUUGAAAAUACGGCUUUUUAAAAGUCCUAUACAAUUAAAGCUGAAAUUCUGACCUAAGGCCAGAAA